AUUUAAUAACUGGCUAAUGGUGCUGAAGCUGAAGAAAAAUUUGACAACGGGUAUCGAUAUAUUUUGAAUAAUAAAGAUAUAUUGUACAAAAUGACACAGUCUACGCAAAUGAUAGAAACUCUUGAUGAUUGUUUCGUGAAAACAGCGGAUAAUAUUAUGAAACACUACGCUGAUAAAGAAGAGAGGAAGAAAGUAUUGGAAAACUUGAGAGAUGUCUUAAAAGAAAAUUGUAGCGAAUCUGCAAGAAUAUUGGCUGCAAAUGAAAUCAAAAAGCAACUGGAAUUCACUUUUGACCCAGAGGCCAAAAAUGUCGAAGAUAUUAUGAAAGAAUAUAGAGAGGCUAUAUCUAACAUUCAAGUUGAUUCAUCAAAAUAUAACAGAUUAUUGGAAUAUGAUCGGCAAAUUGAAGUAUUGCUUCAAGCUAAUGAAGAUGCAUCGAAUAAUGAACUGGAAGAAAACGCAGAUGAAGAUUUGCGAUUGACAGGUCAAGAAAUAAACGUGAUUGAUCCAAUUUCUAAAACAAGGAUGACCCAUCCAGUGAAAAAUACAGUCUGUGGUCAUGUAUAUGAUAAAGAAAGCCUUGUCGCAAUGUUAUGUAAAAAUAAAAAUACCAGAUGUCCCGUAGUAGGAUGCACCAGCACAGACUACAUAAACUUAAACCAAUGUCGCACUGAUAUUGUGACAAAAAAGUACCUGGAACGAAACCCUGCUUAAAUUUAAAAACAAAUAAUAAUAUCCGCGUUGGAUCAAGCAAGCGUAUCGCAGCAACGAUUACAAUGUCGUUCGAAAACGUCAUCAAUCUCGAAAUAAGCUGGAUGAGAACAGAUUUUAUCGUUCGGCUGUAAAGGA